AUGUUGGUAGCCAACCUUCUGUUACUAGUUAUCUCCCUGGCAGGGUACUCGGUGGAGGGCUUUCAACUUCCUGCCAGAUAUUCCCGCUCGGUAUAUACAUACCCCCAAGCACAUCAUCCACUAUCCGUCCUGAAAGCUAGUUCUUCCUCCAAUGAUGCCGACGAAGAACUAGACCUGAAUGCCCUCAAAGCGGAAUUGACAGAAUAUCUGGCCAAACGAAAAGAGGUCGAUGCCGAUACAGCGGCUCAGAGACAAGUUGGCAAAGUGGUCGGAGGCACCAAGGGAAAUCCCAUUCUAGAAUACGUCAGUGGAUCUCCCAAUAAAGAAAUUGUCAUUGACGAAGCGCCAAAUGCAUUUGACUAUGACGAACUAGAACGGUAUGGGUAUGGAUCUCUCGUCACCACCAUUAUGAAAAACGGUGGAAGGAAUGCCAUGUACGAUUUGCUCGGCAUGGAACGACCACCACCGCCCAAACGACUCAAACCAAAAAAGGCACCCAAAUUGGUCAUUGACAAGACGGGAGAAACCGAUCGAGCACGAUACACGGGCCUCAAAAUGGGACAAGUCAUGGACGACGACCUCAUGGCGGAAGCACUCGCCAAUGCACAAGCCAAGGCACAAAAGGGAGAAUCGUUGAGACCCAAAAUUGCAGAAGAAGACUAUGUACAACCGUUUGCCGAUAAGCGCAAUACCAGUCCCCUACAAACGCCCGAUUGGACACCCGAAAAAUUGGACGAAUACGGAAAAUCACGAGGGCGAGCAUUGGCAUGGGCGCGACGUGCCAAACUGGGAGAAUUUGUGCAAGAUCCAAUGGAAUCAAUCGAUUUGCCACUCGUCUUUCGCGUCUAUGCCAUUGGGGCCGCAUUUUUUGUGGCAUUUGCGUUUGGACGGGCUACUCCCAAUCUACUCGCGCAACUCGACAUGUCCACGGAUAUCAUGGGGCUCUUGCAAGUACCGGCAUUGGCCAUUGUCGUGGCCAGUCUAGGAUCGGCCAUUGUCAAUGGGGUCGUCUUGGCACCCUCCAAAAAUAGAAAUACACUGGUGUGGGCCGUCAAAGGAUUCUUGGCAGGACCCGUGGCAGUAUCACAGCUUCGUGGAUUGGAAGAUUUGGUCACACUGGAGGAGGAAGAAGAAAAACAACGGCAACAACAGCAAUCAUAA